AACCCAUACUUCACAUUCCACCUUUACUGUCAAACCGGGAGAAAUAUUACUGAAAACAACAGAUAAAUAUAACUUUAAAGCAAUAAAGCUCGUGCUCUUCUGUCGGUUGCGGUGUUUACCGAUAAAGGGAAUUGUGAGGAGACGGAAAGAAGCGAAGCGAAGUGUUUGGAGAGAUCGUUUACUCCCUUUUCUACGUUUACAGCGUGGGGGCUCGUGGCAGGCCCCGGUCCGAGCCGGCAUCAUUGCGUCCAACAAGUGGAGUGCAAACGGCAGCCCGGAGGAGGGGCUGGAGGAUGGAGGAGAUGAGCUGGACAAGGCCAUGGACGGAGACGCAGAGGGCGUGUGGAGCCCCGACAUCGAGCAGAGCUUUCAGGAGGCUCUUGCCAUCUACCCGCCCUGCGGCAGACGUAAAAUCAUCCUCUCGGACGAAGGAAAGAUGUAUGGUCGCAAUGAGCUUAUUGCCAGAUACAUCAAGCUGAGGACGGGCAAAACCCGCACAAGAAAACAGGUAUCUAGUCACAUACAGGUGUUAGCACGGAAGAAGGUGCGAGAGUAUCAAGCCGGUAUAAAGGCCAUGAACUUGGAUCAGGCAUCUAAAGACAAAGCUCUCCAGAACAUGGCGGCUCUCUCCUCGGCUCAGAUCGUGUCUCCCAGUUUAAUCAAGAAUCCCCUUCCGCCUCUGCCGCACUCCCCGUAUCCCCCCACCCCACGGGUACCGUAUCAUCAUCUACAUGUCAAUACAAACGUAAACAUCAUGGACAGAAUCAGAGAUUUCUGGCCGAGCCCCAUCCCAGGACAACCAGGACCCUCUCAGGAGCUGGUUCUUAAGCACAACCCAGGGAGAAGUCCUGGGCUUGGCCGCACCAGCUUCCCCAUCAAGCCAUUUGCACCAGGCGCAUACCCAAACCUAUCAGGACCUGUUCAGCCAGCCAUCGCACCAUAUGAACCCCUGGCACCUCCUCCGGCCCCGGUGGCCACCGCAGUGCCCGUGUGGCAGGAUCGCACCAUCGCCUCCUCUAAACUCCGGAUGCUGGAGUAUUCCGCAUUCAUGGAGGUUCCACAGGACCAGGAUUCAUACAGCAAACAUCUGUUCGUCCACAUUGGCCAGACUAACCCCUCCUACAGCGACCCUCUGCUGGAGGCCGUGGACAUCCGACAGAUCUACGACAAGUUUCCCGAGAAGAAAGGAGGACUCAAGGACUUGUAUGAGAAAGGCCCUCAAAACGCUUUCUUCCUGGUUAAGUUCUGGGCGGAUCUGAACAAUGGCGGUGUUCAGGAUGGGCCGGGUUCUUUCUACGGGGUCAGCAGUCAGUACAGCAGCACGGAGAACAUGACCAUCACCGUAUCGACCAAAGUCUGCUCAUUCGGCAAGCAGGUGGUGGAGAAAGUGGAGACGGAGUAUGCCCGUGUUGAGGGAGGAAAGUGUUUGUAUCGAAUCCAUCGCUCUCCCAUGUGUGAAUAUAUGAUCAACUUCAUCCACAAACUCAAGCACCUGCCAGAGAAAUACAUGAUGAACAGCGUAUUAGAAAACUUCACCAUCCUACAGGUGGUGACUAACAGGGAAACCCAGGAGACUCUGUUAUGUAUAGCGUUUGUAUUUGAAGUGUCAACAAGUGAACACGGGGCACAAUAUCACGUCUACAGGCUCAUUAAGGACUAGUUCAUCCACCAUCACCUCCGUCACAAACUUCUGUUGCUUUGCACGAUCCCUCCAACACACACGGAGGAAUAUGCCAAAUUGUACAAACAUCAGAGGAAUACGCCAAAAAUGUUACCAAAAAGCCAAAUGUUUUGCUUUUGUUUUAAUGCUGGUGCGGGAUUCGAUUGAGCCUUUGAGAACGUAAAAAUAUAGUAUUACUCCGUUUAAAGAAAGUUUGUGUAUGUCUUUAAAUGCCUUAAAUAGAAAAUGGGUCACGUUGGUUGUGUUGCAUAUAGAAACCGUGAUGUCUUUGUCUCCAUUGAGGGAAUGUGAAUGUGUUGAUGGAACAGAAUGUCUUUAAUAGUUGAAGAUGGUGUGUGUGUGCGUGUGUGUGUGCGUGCGUGCGUGCGUGCGUGCGUGGUACAGUGAAGUGCCAUUGAUGUAUUUCACCACAAUAUUAAAAACUAAGAAAAUAUAUUUCUUGAAAAAAGAUUUUAGUGUCACAACGUUGAAUUUAAGUGACCUCUCAUUACUUUAAUACAGUUACACAAAUCAUCUGUUCAGUCCCAAUAAUUGAUUUAAAUGAAAAUCACUACUAUUGUUAUAUUAAUACUCUAUGCUGUAAAUACUUUCAUAUAUAUAUAUAUAUAUAUAUAUCUUAUUAUUAUAUUUGUGUAUUUUACUAUAAAGAGAAUUUGGAGAGCAAAUGUGACUAAAAUAGGAUUUUUUAUUCUUUUUAAUUUUGUGGUGAAAUAUGACGGGUACACAUUAUUCACCUCACGUGUAAAUGAGUACGAGGUUUGCCAGCGGAGGGUUUUUAAUCAUUUUACUAAAGGACAACAUACUGUAGUUACAUUUUCAGUUUAGGAAAUCAAAACUUUUGAUUGGCUGUGAACUCAGCAGAUGUCUUUUCGGCAGCAGACGAGGCGUCAGUAACUGUCUGCAGGUACUAAAGGAUUUGAUAUGUUGAAAUAGUGAGUGCCUUUUUUAAUAAACACUAAGUUGAUUGAUUGAUACUCUGAAGUGCCUUUUGACUACCUCUUGAAUUCAAUAAUACGAAUAGGCAAAGCGAUUAAUUUCUUUACAUUACAUGAGUGCAAAGUAUUUAAAGUAGUUUUCACGACUACAGGAUUUACUUUUUUUUUUUUUGUAAAUUUGCGCAAGAUUUGCACUGUUUUUUAAAGCAAAUUUUACUUAUUUUUUAGGUCAAGUUUUUGCACACAGCUUUUUUUAGGUAAAAUUUUGUGCAGAUUUACUCAAAAAAAUUAAGUACAUCUAACUGGUUGUGUUUUACAGUAAAGGUCAAACACGACUCUGGAUGUUCAUUUGUUCAGUUAAAUUGUCCGUCUAGAACACAGAAAAUGGCUUUACAGCCAUCUAACCCAUUGAUUUAUGAGAUUUGAAUGUGUAAUGAUGGAACUAAACCUCUACAGAGCUUGUUUUAGGAUGUUGUUUGUUUUGUUUCUGGUGCUUCAGAGAAUGUCCAAGUGUGUUUCACUGUCUACCUUCUUUACAGUUUCAACUUCUUUCAGUUUGUUUGUCAAUAGCUGUUGUUUUGAGUUAAAGCGUCAGUUUUCGUCAUGUUGGUGUAUAGUUUUUUUAAAGGGAAACGUAUGUCACCCUGCACAUCAUCCCUCAAAAUCCCUUGAGUUACAGUUAUGAUCGGUACAUCUCUAAUUCUCUUCUUUUCCUCCCUUCAGAUGUAAAUUUGGGAUCAAAGUUGUUGUUUCUGGUUGUAGUUUUUACUCUGUUGAGUGCUCCAGGUGUCCGGCGUGGAUGUGCUGCAUCUUUGCUUUAUCGUUGGAUGCCCAUUUGAACAUGCUGACCUGGCAUAUUUGAUUAAAUAACAGCAUCUUUUGCUACUACUGAAAAUCUCUAUCCCCUCGAGAAUGAAAAGACUUGAUCUUUAUAAAUGAUUAGAUGGAAGUCAGUGUUGAUGAAGCCAUGUUUAAAGUUCAGAAGGCAGCACUGUUGGUGCUCGCUGACGUCACUUUAUGGUUUAAAGUCCUGAAGGUACUGAGAAUUCUUGAGUACACCAUGCAAGUAGAAAUGUAAUGUAUAUUGGUUCGGCCUUAACCUUCAUGUUCGACGACAGUUUCCUCAAUUGUCAUUUUGCCUCUUUGUUUUUCUUUUUUAUAAUUAUGUUUGUUCUAAUUAUUAAUUUGACGUUUGCUCUUUGACUUUCGAUUGAUGCUGUAUGCAUACAUUGAAAAUAUGUUGCGUGUUACUUCUGUUAUUUUAUGCCAUUAUGUAGUGGUGUUGGCAGAAACUUUCUCCCAUUUUUUAACAGUUCAUGGUUGCCUUUGGUUACCAAUUGUGCAUUGCAAUUAUGUAUUGAAUAUCUUCAAUGUUAGGGGUUUGUACAAUAUAAUCCAAACAAUGUAUAGCAAUACCAAUAAAAGUGGCAUGGGUCUCCCUGGACCAGAUUUCUUAA